AUGGAUUUUAUUGAUUAAGAAGACUAUGAUUUACCUAUAGAUUACGAAGAUCUUUUCUUCAAUACAAAUAUUUUUAAUAACCAUCCAACUCCAGAUCAUAGUAUAUCUACAGAAGAUUUGGAAUAAAAGAUUAAGGAUGACAGAAAACAAAGGAUUCUAAAAAAAAGAAUUGAAAAAAAAUAAAAGGUUAAAACAGAAGUAGUUUAAACUAUGUCCAAAGAUGAAAUGAGGAAAUUAAGAAAUAGAAAUUCUGCUCAGUUAUCAAGAGAUAAGAAAAAAAUUAUAUUUGACAAUCUAAUUCAAGAAAAUAAGUCUUAUUCUAAUAUGUUACAAUAGAAGGAUGAAUAAAUUUAACUAUUGCAACAAGAAAAUACUAGUUUAAGAUUAAGAGUUCAACAUUUGGAGGAAAUCACUUAAUAAUAUAAAUGUAUUCAUAGGGUAUAAGAUGAUGGUGUAUAGAUAUAAAGGGUGAAUGCAGAAGCAUAAUCAAAAAUGAUGAAUUAUGGAGUGAUUUCUCUUUUAGCCAUUGCAUGCAUAUUGUCAGUGAUUAAUAAUGAUUAUCAAUACAAUCCAAAACCAAUUGCUUUAUCAUAAUUAUCAAAUUAGAAAUAUGAUUUUUUGGCUCCAAAAAUAUCACAAAAGAAUCAAACCUCUUUAUUUAAUUAAGAAUCUAAUUUCACUAUUCCAACUCAUACAUUCCAGAAUUAAACGCUAUUUUACAAUUGCACAGGAAAGGAUAAGGAAUGCCAAAACUUUUUAAACAUUGUAAAGGCAGAAAAUGCAGAUAAUAUUUACUUUGUAAAUGAUGAAACUGAUCACACACCAGCUGAUCGGACUCACAACUUUGAAAUGGGAGAGAAUGUUUACUUAAUGAAGAUAAAACAGGAUGAUGAGGAUAAUUUUAUCAUUUUGAGGGCAAGAUGCCAAAUAACAGAGAAUAACUCUCUUGCUCUGGGGAGGAAUACUUAUGAAGAAUAUAAUAAUAAUUAACAGUAUUGA